AGGCAGAGAACGAGUAUGCGGGGGCACAGGCACACGUUGCCCUCGUUGAACGAAUGCGCAAACGGGACCCCGCCUCUGCUCCAAACAUCGGCGAUCGUGUCGCAUAUGUCAUUGUCCGAGCAGCAAAGGGUGCCAAGGCGUACGAGCGGAGCGAAGAUCCCAUUUAUGUGCUGGAAAACAACAUUCCAAUCGACACCCAGUACUAUUUGGAACACCAACUUGCACCGCCCCUUCUACGCGUGUUCGAAGGCGUCCUAGAUGACCCUAGCGUCCUUAUUAAGGGAGACCACACACGCCAUAUCUUGGUCUCAGCACCCAGCAAAAAUGCGGGGGGUUUGAUGAAAUUUGUCAAGAUUCAGCUUCAAUGCAUCUCAUGCCGGGCCAUAAUAAAAGAAGGAGCUCUUUGUGAUAAUUGCCGGCACAAAGAAGCCGACGUCUACGGGAAGAUUGUGGCGAAAAGAAACCACUACGAGGCGAUCUAUUCUCAGGUUUGGACUCAAUGCCAGCAGUGUCAGGGAUCACUGAAUCAGGAGGUUAUAUGCACAAGCAAGGAUUGCCCUGUGUUCUACAUGAGAAAGAAGGUACAAAAGGAUGUCAAGGAGCAGCAAACGCUGUUGGAUCGUUUCGGAGUCGUGGAUGACUGGUAA